GGGCCCGGUCGCUCGCCGGUGUUCCAGAGAAUUAAAAAAAAAAAAAAAAUGAAGGUUGCAUUAAUAUGGUUUUCCAUUUAUACAGAGCGAACCAUGCCUCUCUCAUUGUCAUUCAAAUCCCUCUCAGUUAUCUCUCAACCUAGCCUCCCCGGCACUCCCUCCACCCUCUCUCUCUCUACAAUGUCGGGCGGACGGAGAAAGCUCCGGCUCAACACAGUGGCAGUGGACAUAGGCUGCAGCAGCUGCCGGCGGCCAAGGCUCUCCAAGAUCUUCCACCCAAAACCCAACUCCAAACGACCCACAUACCACAAAGUCGACCCCCGGUAUGCCGACGACUACACCACCACCACCACCACGACGGCGACCGCCUCCGCCUCCUCCACCUUCUCUCCGAACACCGGCACGCCGCAGUGUUACUCCGAUCCUGAGGAGUCGGACAUAAGGAGCCUGAGGGCGGUGCAGGGCUUCGGAAGGGUAGGCGGCGGGAGCGUGGCGGUGGAGAAGGACUCCGACGACCCUUAUCUCGACUUCCGGCGGUCGAUGCUUCAGAUGAUUUUGGAGAGGGAGAUUUACUCCAGGGAAGAUCUUCGGGAGCUGCUCAACUGUUUCUUGCAGCUGAAUUCGCCGUGCUUCCAUGGCGUCAUCGUUCGAGCUUUCACUGAGAUCUGGAACGGCGUAAUCUCCGUCAAAUCUCCCAACCUGCAUCUGCAUGGUGGGCGCGUGUCACGUGCCUUCUAAGGCAUCGCACAUGCCGUCAUGAAUGUACUUUUAUCGGUAGCACUGUAGCAGGAUUUAUUAAUAAAAUUAAUGCUAGAAUUGAUAAUUUAUGAUAUACUAAAUUAUAAAUUAGUGUUAUUUGUUAUGUGUCGUAUUUUUAUUAAAGGAUAUACUAAAUUUAGAAGACAAUAACACACGGUCUUCUUAA